AUGAAAAAAUAUUUUUAUAUUGUUAUUAUAAAUAUUAUUUUAUUAAGUGUAUUAACAUUGACCUACGGUGGAUUCUCAUUAAUAUGUGAUUUUGAAUGUGAAGAUUUACCUUAUCGACCUGUAUGUGCGAAAAAUAUUUAUGGCCAUACUGUUCUGUUGAAACAUAAAUGUUUUUUCAAAGAAUUGAUGUGCAAUGAACCGAGAGCCUAUUGGCGAUUUACGAAAAAAGGCUGUUUUGCACGACCCCAAUCAUCACACUAUCUACCUCCUAAUCCAUACUUACCUCCAUAUCCCUAUUUACCUCCACCACCUCCGUCAUAUUUACCACCCCCACCCCCGUCAUAUUUACCCCCACCACCUCCAUCAUAUUUGCCACCCCCAUCACAAAAUAAAACGCCUGAAGUUCCUUGCCAAAAUUUAAAUGAAAUUUAAUUGUU